AUGUCUCCUCUCCAAACCAACCUAUCAUGUGGUACCAGUUUCGACUUCGAUGAGCUUCAAUGGGUCGCCAACAUCCGUCGAACAAUAGAAGCAGAUCAGCUUGAAGACGAUAGUGAAAUAUCCGGAUGCAUUUUUAGUGUUCCCAAACCCCUAAUGUCUAAUCAUCCAGAUUCUUAUACUCCACAUCAACUUUCACUUGGUCCAUACCAUUAUUCACGUCUUGAGCUACAUGAGAUGGACCGAUAUAAGCUCUCCGCGGCAAAAAGAUGUCAAAAGCUGCUUCAAGGUCUUAAAUUUCAAGAUCUUGUUGAGCAAUUAAUGAAGCUAGAAUUCAAGAUUCGUGCAUGCUACAGCAAGUAUUUAAACAUCAAUGGUCAAACACUAGCAUGGAUGAUGGCCAUUGAUGCAUCAUUCUUGAUUGAGUACCUGCAAGUUAGUGCUCUCAGUGACCCUGAAAUGCUAUCCAAAGUUCCCUCAGGAAUGUCUCAUCUGUUUGAUUAUUUCCGGAGGAAAUCAAUCCAUGAUGCAAUUCUUCGAGAUAUAGUGAUGCUGGAGAAUCAAAUUCCACUAUUUAUAUUGAGGAAAGUGCUAGAAUUUCAACUUCUGUCAUUAGAAUCCGCCGAAGAAAUGUUGUACUCCAUGUUAAGGGGAUCAUGUAAAGAGCUCUCUCCAUUCAAGACAGUGGUGAGCUCGUCAGGAGUUAAAGUCUCUGACCAUGCUCACUUGCUAGACUUUUUGUACAACAUUAUCGUGCCCAAGGUGGAAGAAUCACUCGAGAUACCUGAAGAAGUUAAGGAUGAUUCCAAAGCCUCACAAGACAACGAAGAAUCUUCAAUAGGUCCUGCAAAUUUCCUCAACAAAUUGCUAAAAUCAGCACCAUUUGAAGUGAUAAUCAAAUUGCCUUGGAAAAUCUUCCUCAAUCUUCUUGGGUUUGGAACCGUAAAUCAACCUAAUGCUUCUUCUGAAUCUCAAAGUGUCGGUUCUAGCUUUCACCAACCACAAUUGGUUGAAGAAAUCAUAAUUCCUUCAGUCAGUCAGCUCUCGAAAUGCGGGGUGCGUUUCGUUCCUACUAAUGGAAGCAUAUCAACCAUCAACUUCAACAAGAAGACAUGUACAUUUUACCUCCCGAGGAUUAGUUUGGAUGUAAAUAGUGAUGUAGUCUUGAGAAACUUGGUAGCAUAUGAAGCAUCAAAUUCAUCGGGUCCAAUGGUUUUUACACGUUACACAGAAUUGAUGAAUGGGAUUAUUGAUAGUGCCGAGGAUGCAAAAAUGCUUCGAGAAAAAGGCAUUAUUUUGAGCCAUUCGACGAAUGAUGAAGAGGUGGCCAACAUGUGGAAUGGUAUGAGUAGGUGUAUUAGAUUGACGAAAGUUCCAUUCUUGGAUAAGGUGAUUCAAGAUGUUAACAAGUAUCAUGAUGGACAAUUUAAAGUUAAGGUUGAAAAGUUCAUGAAGCUGUAUGUGUUUGGUUCAUGGAAGUUUCUCACACUGGUAGCUGCCAUCUUGCUCUUGCUCAUAACAUCGCUGCAAGCAUUUUGCUCAGUUUAUGACUGUGUCCACUUGUUUCAUUUCCAGUAA